AUGUGUGUGGGUGUGUACAGUAUGUGUGGUGUGUACAGUGUGUGGUGUGUACAGUAUGUGUGGUGUGUGGGUGUGUGUGGUGUGUGGGUGUGUACAGUAUGUGUGGUGUGUAUACAGUAUGUGUGGUGUGUGUACAGUAUGUGUGGUGUGUAUACAGUAUGUGUGGUGUGUGUACAGUAUGGGUGGUGUGUAUACAGUAUGUGUGGUGUGUGGGUGUGUACAGUAUGUGUGGUGUGUGGGUGUGUACAGUAUGUGUGGUGUGUAUACAGUAUGUGUGGUGUGUGUACAGUAUGGGUGGUGUGUAUACAGUAUGUGUGGUGUGUGGGUGUGUACAGUAUGUGUGGUGUGUAUACAGUAUGUGUGGUGUGUGGGUGUGUACAGUAUGUGUGGUGUGUAUACAGUAUGGGUGGUGUGUAUACAGUAUGUGUGGUGUGUGGGUGUAUACAGUAUGUGUGGUGUGUGGGUGCGUACAGUAUGUGUGGUGUGUAUACAGUAUGGGUGGUGUGUAUACAGUAUGUGUGGGUGUGUACAGUAUGUGUGGUGUGUGGGUGUAUACAGUAUGGGUGGUGUGUGGGUGUGUACUGUAUGUGUGGUGUGUAUACAGUAUGUGUGGGUGUGUACAGUAUGUGUGGUGUGUAUACAGUAUGUGUGGGUGUAUACAGUAUGUGUGGUGUGUGUACAGUAUGUGUGGGUGUGUACAGUAUGUGUGGUGCAUGUACAGUAUGUGUGGUGUGUAUACAGUAUGUGUGGUGUGUGUACAGUAUGUGUGUGGUGUGUACAGUAUGUGUGGGUGUGUACAGUAUGUGUGGUGCAUGUACAGUAUGUGUGGUGUGUAUACAGUAUGUGUGGUGUGUGUACAGUAUGUGUGGGUGUGUACAGUAUGUGUGGGUGUGUAUACAGUAUGUGUGGUGUGUAUACAGUAUGUGUGGUGUGUAUACAGUAUGUGUGGUGUGUGUACAGUAUGUGUGGUGUGUGUACAGUAUGUGUGGGUGUGUACAGUAUGUGUGGGUGUGUAUACAGUAUGUGUGGUGUGUAUACAGUAUGUGUGGUGUGUGUACAGUAUGUGUGGUGUGUGUACAGUAUGUGUGGGUGUGUACAGUAUGUGUGGUGUGUGUACAGUAUGUGUGGUGUGUGUACAGUAUGUGUGGGUGUGUACAGUAUGUGUGGGUGUGUACAGUAUGUGUGGGUGUGUACAGUAUGUGUGGUGUGUAUACAGUAUGUGUGGUGUGUGUACAGUAUGUGUGGUGUGUGUACAGUAUGUGUGGUGUGUACAGUAUGUGUGGUGUGUGUACAGUAUGUGUGGUGUGUACAGUAUGUGUGGUGUGUACAGUAUGUGUGGUGUGUGUACAGUAUGUGUGGUGUGUGUACAGUAUGUGUGGUGUGUGUACAGUAUGUGUGGGUGUGUACAGUAUGUGUGGUGCAUGUACAGUAUGUGUGGUGCAUGUACAGUAUGUGUGA